AUGAGUGUUGCUCGAGUGGUAAUAACUGGUCUAGGUGUUGUGUCACCGCUAGGAGUCGGUGUUGAUUUCAAUUGGCAACGUUUAUUGAAUAACUAUUCAGGCGUUGUACCAUUGAAUAAAGAAGAGUACGCAGGAAUUCCUUGUCAAGUGGCUGCACGUGUUCCAAUUAGUUCAGAAAAUGAAGAUGGGACAUUGAAUUUUGCAGCGUACUUCACUCGUUUGUCAGAUUUGAAGUCGAUGUCAUUGGCUAGUGCAUUUGCUCUUGUCGCUGCCCAAGAAGCACUUGAGCAAAGCCAACUACUUACAGAUUCAACUGAUCGCACACGAGUUGGUGUUUCCAUUGGAAACGGAUUAGCUGGUCUAGAAAAUACAUGUUCCAUCUGGGAACAAAUGAAAGUCAAAGGAAUAUAUCGUGGUAUGAGUCCAUAUUAUAUAACCCAAAUCUUACCCAAUUCAUCAGCUGGUCACGUAUCGAUUCGACAUAAAUUACAAGGACCGAAUCUUUGCAAUAGUUCAGCAUGUGCAGCAGGCGUUCAAGCAAUUGGCGAUGCUUACAAUAUGAUCCGACUUGGCCAUGCUAAUGCUAUGGUAUGUGGUGGUACAGAAGCAACAAUCAAUCCCAUUUCGAUAUCAGGUUUCGCACGAAUGCGUGCACUGUCGACAUUAUUUAAUGAUCAACCAAAACUGGCUUCCCGUCCGUUUGCUAAAAAACGAGAUGGUUUCGUUAUGGGCGAAGGAGCCGCUAUUCUUGUAUUAGAACGAUUAGAAUAUGCCGAACAACGUGGAGCGAAGAUUCUUGGCGAAAUACUUGGAUACGGUUUGAGUUCAGAUGCAAGUCACAUUGCAAAUCCCAGUGGAGCAGGAGCAUUGAAUUGUAUGAAAAAUGCAUUGAAUAAUGCUGGUUUAAGUCCAACCGAUAUUGGAUAUAUCAAUGCUCAUGCUACAUCAACUCCUAUUGGUGAUCGCAUUGAACGUCAAGCUAUCUCACAGAUAUUUCAGUCAACGAAUAGUCAUGUGUUAGUUUCGAGCACAAAAGGUAAUACAGGUCAUUUACUUGGCGCGGCUGGUGCACUUGAAUCGAUUUUCACUGUUCUUGCCUGCUACCAUGCUCUAUGUCCUUCGACGUUAAACUAUAAGGAUAACGAAGACGAUUCCGAAGAAUUACCGUCGAUAAAUAUUAUUUCGGGUGACCAAGCAUUGUCUUGGAAGAGUGAAAAACGUAUUGCUUUGAAAAAUUCUUUUGGUUUUGGUGGAACGAAUUCAUGUCUUGUGGUUUCGAAUUUCUUUUAG